GCCCUGUCUUGCGACAGAGCGUUUCGACAUGUCUUCGGUUACAACGACUGUCCGCCAGGGAGCUCUGAGGGGAAAAGUCGCCACCACUCACAGUGGCAAGAAGUAUUACAGCUUCCAGGGCAUCCCUUAUGCCAAGCCGCCGGUUGGCCCACUCAGGUUCAAGCCACCUGAGCCCGCAGAGCCAUGGACUGGAGUGAGAGACGCCACCAAGGAAGGCAAUGUGGCACCUCAGGUCAGUGAUACCACGCGGCAGUACAUGGGGGAUGAAGACUGCCUCUUCCUCAACGUCUACACACCUCAGAUGCCGAGUGAUAGCAGCAGCGCCCUGACACCGGUGAUGGUGUGGAUCCAUGGCGGCGGAUGCACGGUCGGCUCUGGGAACACCGACAUGUACGGUCCUGACUACCUGCUCGAGCACGGUGUCGUCGUGGUCACGUUCAACUACCGUCUCGGCGUCCUGGGUUUCAUGAGCACCGGUGAUUCGGUUGUGACCGGCAACAUGGGAUUCAAAGAUCAUGUUAUGGCGCUCCGCUGGGUCAAGGACAAUAUUUCUGCCUUCGGUGGAGACACCGACAACAUCACGAUAUUCGGCGAGAGCGCUGGCAGCAGGGCGUGUCAUCUGCUCGUCCUGUCGCCGCUGGCCAAAGGCCUGUUCCACCGCGCCAUCUGCCAGAGCUUAGUGGCACAACGUGGCAGCCUCAACACGUCGGUAGUGGAGCGUACAUUCCGGCUGGCGCACCACCUGGGGCUGAAGCAGGGCGCCUCUUCAGAGGAGCUGCUAGCCUUCAUGAAGAAGGUCCCCGCCAGGACGCUGGUCGAACAGAUGCUGCACUGUCGCUCCCGAGAGGAAAAGACGUUGCAAGACAUGUUCCCUUUCCUGCCGACGCUGGAGCCGGCGGGCACUGAAGGCGCACUGAUGACCGAAGACCCGGCGGACAUCAUAAGCAGCGGCAAGUUUACCCCUGUGCCCAUCAUAUUCGGUGUCACGUCGCAGGAAGGCUUCGCCUACGCCGGCGUGCUGGGCAAGAAGGACGCGUGGCGCGACCUGGACGCCAACUUCGAGCUGCUGGUUCCGCCCACGGCAGCCGCGACACCGGAAGAGAGGCGGGCGGCCGCGCAAGAAAUCCGCCGCUUCUACUUGGGAGACCGGCCGCUAGGCGACGACACGUUCUUGCAGUACACGCAGAUACGAGGAGACUCCUUUUUCGUGUACACAGCGCUGGAAGUCGCCAGGCUGCAUGCUUCAGUUUCUGCAGCGCCACCCGUCUACUUCUAUCUCUUCGAUGUCGACACGAAGCUCAACAUUUUGAAGAAGAUGUUCGGAGCCUCGAAAUACAAAGGAGCGAGUCACGGUGAUGAUAUCCCGUACCUAUUUCGCUUUGGACUUCUCAAGCCCAGUGCACCGAAUACUGUAGAGGGAAGAGUCAUCGCCAGAAUGACUAAACUCUGGACCAAUUUCGCUAAGACUGGGAAUCCAACACCAGGAGGCGACGAGAUUAUCUCUGUAUCUUGGCCUGCGGUGAGUGCGGACCACUGCCAGUACCUGGAGAUAACGAACGAUGGACUUGCAGUCAAGGAAAAUUUGUUCAAAGAGAGGAUGGAUUUCUGGAAUGCGCUGCAUAAAAAGAAAGCUGGUGUUAAUUCAUCUACGUAGCCUCACACACCAAAAGUUGUCAAUAAUGCUCAAUGAAGAGGAAAAUCGCGCCUUUAUGGAGCAAAAGACCGCAAUAUCUGCAUUUGUAUUCAGGGCUCAAGACAGUCCCUGUUUGGUGCAGUAUAUCGAAUUAUGGAGUAAUUUUUAUCGAAAAUAUUCCUUCGUUACUUUACUAUAUACAUAAAUAAUUUUGUAAACCAUUACAAAAAAUAAAUAAACUGUUUUUGUAGGUAGUACA